AGGCUGCGCCGGGCGCCCCAGCUGGCGUCAGCGCCGCACGGGAGCUGGGCGGGGCGGGCGCGUGGUUUUCCGCCUCCGACGUGUUUCCGGCCUUAAAGGCAUUUUGCCCUUCCCUUUAAGACGCACCGCCCCCUCUCAGUGACUCCCAAGAUGGCGGACCUACUGGGCUCCAUCCUGAGCUCCAUGGAGAAGCCACCAAGCCUCGGUGACCAGGAGACUCGGCGCAAGGCCCGAGAGCAGGCAGCCCGCCUGAAGAAACUGCAGGAGCAAGAGAAACAGCAGAAAGUGGAGUUUCGUAAAAGGAUGGAGAAAGAGGUGUCAGAUUUCAUCCAAGACAGUGGGCAGAUCAAGAAAAAGUUUCAGCCGAUGAACAAGAUAGAGAGGAGCAUACUACACGAUGUAGUAGAAGUGGCUGGUCUGACCUCCUUCUCCUUCGGGGAAGACGAUGAGUGUCGCUAUGUCAUGAUCUUCAAAAAGGAGUUUGCACCCUCAGAUGAAGAGCUGGAUUCCUACCGUCGUGGUGAGGAGUGGGACCCCCAGAAGGCCGAGGAGAAACGGAGGCUGAAGGAGCUGGCCCAGCGGCAGGAGGAGGAGGCAGCGCAGCAGGGACCUGUGGUAGUGAGCCCCGCCAGUGAUUAUAAGGACAAGUACAGCCACCUCAUUGGCAAGGGGGCAGCCAAGGAUGCGGCCCACAUGCUGCAGGCCAACAAGACCUAUGGCUGUGUGCCUGUGGCCAACAAGAGGGAUACACGCUCCAUUGAAGAGGCCAUGAAUGAGAUCCGGGCCAAGAAACGUCUGCGGCAGAGCGGGGAAGAGUUGCCACCUACCUCCUAGGCACCCCAGCUCCCUGGGGCAGGGCAGGGGCAGGGAGGGACGAGGCUGCUGCUAUUAGAACCCAUCCUGGAGCCCCACCUCCUGACAGCUGUCACUCAGGCUGGGAGAAGCAGGUGUUUGACUUGUUACUGUUGGAGGUUGUGUGUGUGUGUGUGUGUGUGUGUGUGUGUAAAAGAGUGUGAAUGCACAGGUGGGUAUUUAAUCUGUAUUAUUCUCCAUUCUCCCUGGAAUUUUCUUCCCCAUGGGGCUGGGGUUACUUUACAUUCAAUAAACACUGUUUGACCCA